AUGGAGAGGCCAGCCGGUCCAGUCGAGCCCUGCCCGGGUCAGAAGACAAGAGGGAAGUCAAGGGCACGAAUGAGGAGGUCGGGAGGAAAAGUGGUAGCAGAUGAUAGGAAGAGAGCCAAAAAGCGAAAAGAGGCAGAAAGUGAAGCAGAAGAAGAAGAAGAAGCAAGAGAGCCACGCAGGGCGGGGAGGGAAGAAGACGCAGAGAGAGACAGCGCAGGCAGGCAGGCAGGCAGGCGGGAGUUCUUAGGGGCUUCUUCACGGCCUGUCUUUAACUGA